AUGAUCACGAAUCUCAUCAGCAGCUCAGGCAUACUUAGUGUCAAGGUGCUAGUUGGUAUUCUCACUCCAAUCGUCAUCAAUUGCUCAACUAAAGAAAGUCUUCAGCUUGAGAUGCAAUCCCUUCAGGCGGUGAACAACAUGUGCUUGGGAGGCUUCUGCUUUGAUCGUGUCCUAUGUUCAUCGUUGCUCAAACGGUUGAAGGACAAUAUAGAGAAAUUGGAAAGCGAGUGUUUUAGACUUGUUGGACAGCAGUUCAACCUUGACAGCUCAAAGCAAGUGUCCGAGGUGCUCUUUUCUCGCCUCAAACUCAAUUGUCCCGGCGGUUCAUCAACAAAACGACAUCUUUCCACCAACAAAGCGAUUCUGGAGCAGAUGAAAACACAACAUCCAGUGGUAGCGAACAUUCUGCUGUAUCGUCGCUUCAAGCACGCUCUUACG